GAAACAAUCGCGCUCUUGUGACGCCACAUACCGCGAGCACCAGCGCGGCGCGUGCACACUGACGAGAGACCGCCGUUAAACCGGCGAAAAACUCCGUGACAGCUGCCGGUGAGAGACGCGUUUCGUUCCCAGAGCAGCAUAAACUGAAGUCGUCUCAGAAGGAUAAGGUUCGUCAGUUCAUGUCCUUCACACAGUCUGCGGAGAGAAUCGCUGUCUACUGUCUGACUCACCAUGACUGGAAACUAGAGCUGGCCACUGAUAACUUCUUCCAGAACCCUGAUCUGUACUACAGAGAAUCCAUGAAAACCUCAGUAGACCGCAAGAAGCUGGAACAGCUGUAUAACCGAUAUAAAGAUCCUCAUGAUGAGAAUAAGAUCGGUAUUGAUGGAAUCCAGCAGUUCUGUGAUGACCUCUUGCUUGACCCCGCCAGUAUGAGUAUACUAGUAGUAGCGUGGAAGUUCAGAGCGGCUACACAGUGUGAAUUCAGCCGGAAAGAGUUCCUGGACGGCAUGUCUGAGCUGGGUUGUGACAGUCCAGAGAAACUGAAGUUAAUUUUGCCCAGAUUAGAACAAGAGCUGAUUGAUUCUGGAAAGUUCAGAGACUUCUAUCAGUUCACUUUCAGCUUUGCCAAGAACCCUGGUCAGAAGGGUUUAGAUCUAGAGAUGGCUGUGGCUUAUUGGAAUCUCAUUCUGACCGGCCGCUUUAAGUUUCUUGAGCUCUGGAACACUUUCCUGCGGGAGCAUCACAAAAAAUCCAUCCCUAAAGACACGUGGAAUCUGCUUCUAGACUUUGGGAAUAUGAUUGAAGAUGACAUGUCAAACUACGACGAGGAGGGUGCAUGGCCGGUCCUGAUCGAUGACUUUGUGGAAUUUGCACGGCCGAUCGUCACGGCAGGAAAUCACCAGACUCUAUAAGGACUGUUUGCCUCUCGGAGAGGGCGGUGGAGUCCCUCAAUGCCAACUUCUUUUAAUAAAAAGGCAAAAAAAUCGAAAAGAAUGUUUAAAAUAAACGGAGAGCUUUUAAAACGUGCGAGGGUUUGAACAACACUGUCCCGGAAAAACCCAGAGUGCUUCUUCUGCCAUGCCUUUAGAGGGCGACGGUGAUGCAGACCUGACCAGGAAACUUGAAAACUAUCUAGCCUCAAUCUAAAGCGUGUAAACCUCAAAGGAAACUAACAUACGUGUCACGACGGACGUGUGUUUUCAUGUCAGUCAGUAGCAUGUUGAAGCCCAUGAUGGUCGAUAUAUUAUAUAGAAGAAUAGAUUGUGCAUGUGUGGUUUAUUUUGUUAUGUGGUGCAAAAAAAAAGGAACCAGGAAGAUUGGCUUUAAUUUCUCGGUGUCAUAUUGAUGAUUCAUAUGUCAUGGUUGUGUUUUAUUUGGAGGUUUAAGCAAACUGUUUGAGUCCAUGUGAAGAUGCCCUUUAACUGAGGGGUCAAAUAUGAGGAAAUCACUUUGAUGUUGAGUUGUGAUGUAACAUGUAGCGACACACCAGCAGCAGAACCGCAAGAGUUACUGUAACACACAUGUAUUAUAUGGACUAACAUAUUUGCUUUUCCACAUUUAAGCUGCAUAACUCAUCCUUGCUUUUAUUGUUUUUACUCUUCGGCAAGUCUCACGACUCACGUGAUCCUACAGAAUCCAAUGAAAUAAAUGUCAAAGAAUCCGAGCAGAGCUGUCGGUUCUGCUAGUAUCCGUAAUUGUCCCGUUUGAGAACUCAAACCCAUCAUAUUCAGUUUGUUGUCUAGAGAUCACAUUAGUGUUUGCUGUUACUCCACGUUUCCACCAAGUUCUAAGGUUGUCCGAUUGGGUUCGAUUAUUUCCAUUAUACACAACCGUGUCCCGUCUCACUGUACCUGUGUGCUGUUCAUCACAUCGAGGUGUUGUUUUGACUAUUAAGUCAAGUACGGUUCAAUUCAGCUCAUUAAAUCAGUAUUAAUACAUGUGUAAAUAAAGAUUAUUUAAGAAAACAACCAAACGUCCACUGUCACAUUUCACUCUUUAAAGAAAACAUUUGAAGACCCGCUGAAGCGGACAUUUAAGUCCAAGUUCAUGUUCAUGAUUCCAGGUCCAAUAACGAUUCUUUUAAUUACUCUCAUAAUAACAAAACGAGUCAUGUUGGGUUUAGUCAGACAUGAGAAAUGAAUUACUCGUGUUAUCUGAUUCACUUAGAAGAACGGGUUGAUAAAAGUAAUUCAUUCUGUAGGAAGCGCGGCAUCUGUUGUGCUGUAGAUUCAAAAGAAUCGACUCGUAAGAGUCAUUCAUUCGGGAAUCAGACCGCAGUGGUUGUGCUGCUGAAAUCUCUGGUGUCACAUGUCAGGUUGGAGUCGGGUGGUUGGACGAAGGGUUGAUGAUGUCAACAGUAAAGGAAGAUGGAGCCAUUUAUUACAUUUUGAUGGGGAAAAAACAUGACAAAGACAAACUUUAGAAAAACAUACAACACUGAAUUGUCCACAAUAAAAAUAGAAAUCUGUAUUAAACA